AUGUUUAAUACUGCUGCAAAGAACCAGAGUUUUGGUGAUGUCAUCUCUUGGCACAAAGCGAGAAUCGUACCCUCGAAGGUUUAUGUUUUGAUCGCAAAAAAAUCCAAUCAAAAUCGUUAUUUAAGUCGAAUUAAUGUUUUUAUUUCCCGUUCACUUACUCAUCUGAAACUACUUCAAUUAAUUGUCUCGCUCAGGAAGAAACAUGAAAUAUCUACUACAGAUGUUGUGAAUUUCGUAAAAUAA